AUGUCAGUCAACCAUUACUCAAGAGAUAUCCACCACCACAACACUCUCUCUUUGCACCACCACCACCAAAACGACACCGUAUCACCACAAAAAGAGUCUUUGUUCGAAAAAUCACUCACACCAAGCGACGUUGGAAAGCUAAACCGUCUAGUCAUACCAAAACAACACGCCGAGAAAUACUUCCCUCUCAACAACAAUGGCCUCGUCGUCAGCGAUGACGUGGCGACGGAGAAAGGGAUGCUUCUUAGCUUCGAAGACGAGUCAGGCAAGUGUUGGAAAUUCAGAUACUCUUAUUGGAACAGUAGUCAAAGCUACGUCUUGACCAAAGGUUGGAGUAGAUACGUCAAAGACAAGCAUCUCGACGCAGGCGACGUUGUUUUCUUUCAACGACACCGUUUUGAUAUUCAUAGGCUUUUCAUUGGUUGGAGGAGACGCGGCGAGGCAGCUUCUUCCUCCUCCGUUGUCUCUGCCGUGUCUCAAGAUGCUCGAGUUAAUACUACGGCGUAUUGGAGCGGCUUGACUACACCUUAUCGUCAAGUUGUACACGCGUCAACUACUACUUACCCUAACGUUCACCAAGAGUAUUCACACUAUGGCGCCGACGCUGAGACACCGACGGUGGUUGCAGGGAGCUCAAGGACGGUGAGGCUAUUCGGAGUUAACCUCGAAUGUCACGGUGACUCCGUCGAGCCACCACCGUGUCCCGACGGCUAUAACGGCCAACACAUGUACUACUACUCCACUCCUCAUCCCAUGAAUAUAUCAUUUGCAGCUGGGGAAGCGAUGGAGCAGGUAGGAGAUGGACGAGGUUGA